UCAGCGGCUCUUUGUGUAUCAUUUUAGAAUGUAUCUAGUCGAUAAGAGGUGAAUUUUGUUACCAUGUCUGGCAGAGGUAAACAAGGAGGAAAAACCCGUGCUAAGGCAAAGACUCGCUCAACUCGUGCUGGGUUGCAAUUCCCAGUUGGUCGUGUUCAUCGUCUGUUGAGGAAAGGCAACUAUGCUGAACGGGUGGGAGCCGGAGCUCCAGUCUAUUUGGCUGCAGUGCUCGAGUAUCUGACUGCUGAGAUCCUGGAAUUGGCUGGGAACGCUGCCCGAGAUAACAAAAAGACUCGUAUUAUCCCCAGGCACCUGCAACUCGCUGUGCGCAACGAUGAGGAAUUGAACAAACUGCUCGGAGGGGUGACUAUCGCUCAGGGUGGAGUUCUGCCCAACAUCCAGUCCGUGCUGCUGCCCAAGAAAACCGAGAGUUCUAAAUCCACAAAGAGCAAGUGAGCUGCCCUGUCCGCAAUCUGAACACAAAGGCUUUUUUCAGAGCCACUCACACCUGCUAAAAAAGGAGAUUCUCGUUUUUCAUAUUUAGAGAAACUAAAUUUGCUCAUUGCGAACGGCUGCUGUUUGUAUGAGGCUCGUGGGUAUAGAAGAAACAACCAUAACGCUCCCCGUAACAAUGUAUCCCCCGUCCAAUCAGUAUAAUCCAUUAGUACUGUAUCUUUCUCACUAUGCCAAAAUUAUUUUUUUUAAUUGGUUAGAUGUGAUACAUGUAGAAUUGCGUUUACGCAUAAAAUGACACUUUCAAUGUUUUUAAUCUGGUUUUACUGAACAAAACUUGCAAUAUUAAUCUUAAUUUAGGAGUUCUCAUGGGGUAAACUUAAUAAAAUCAU